AUGGUGGAGGACCCCAGAGCAAGAGGCGUCUCGUUUCCGAUCGUCUUCUCCGACGGCGAGACUGAGACCGAUAUCGGAAACGUCGUCGUUAACGACGCCCUAGAGUUCAAGCUGUUCCUGUCGCUCCUGAGCAACAAGAUCGGAAUCUCGCCGCACCAGUUCACGGUCUUCCUCUCCUCGCCGGACACCCGCCGGCGAAUCCCCAUCACCGGCAAGGUCAACUUCGGCGCGAUUUCUCGCGAGAAGAACUGCUUCUUUCUCGUGGAGCUAAAGCGGUCGAGACGCGAGAAGCGGCGUUCCAAGAAUAGCCAGAUUCAACACCACCACCACCAAGAUUUUCAAGAAAACGAGUACGACAACACGGCGUCGUUCGGAGCUCACAAUCCGGUCAACAAGAGCCUCAGUCUUGAGAACGUUAUGCUAUUGAGGCGGGGUAUGGAGAUCGAAAACGUUGCCGGUUUGGGUUUUCCGUUUGCGGGUCGGGUCGAGUACGAGAAUCGGAUCAGGGAGUUGCAGAUGGAGAAGGAGAGGUAUUUGAUGAACAUGGGCCUGGGAAGAUCCGAUGGGCUUGGGCUUGGGCUGGGCCGGGGAGGUGGCGUAGCGGUGGUGUGCGAGGAGUGUUCAAGAGCUAAAGCGAUGGGGAGAGAAGUCGGAUUCCACUGGUGCGCUUACGACGCUGUGACUUUCGGGUUCAGGUCUCCGGCGGGUCCGAUUUCCCGACCCGCCAAAGGGUAA